UGCUCCACUCUGACUGACGGCGUGUGCUGGAGGGGAAGGUUGAAGUAGUGCAGCAUUACAGUCUUAUUAAAGAACAAACGUCCUAAUCAACAGCGUUCUCAGACAUAGUAGAGGAUUCCCACGAAAAACACCCCGACAUAUACAAGAACCGUGAGUUCAAGUGAUAGAAGGUGUCGAUGACCGUUGAUUAGCGGCUGCGCUAGCUGUUGUGCUAACACCUCGUUUUCAUCCACCCUCAUCAGACAGCAUCAUUCCAGCUUCAGAUUUGCCACAAACGGCACUCGUGCGAGCUUCUCUCGCGCUCUAGGCAGCCAUUAUUGAGCUAUUAACUUGUCCCGCUGGAAAGGGUGUCGGAGCUGAACCCUUCCCUGUGGCUCCUGUGCUCCCCCCGUCACCUUUGCCCCCUCUCCCACCCGAAACACUGGACACACACAAGCGGCCGGAGAACGGCGAGAGGCCCGUGAAGCUGGGGGUGGUACCGGACUCGCACGCUGUCGGAACGCCUAAAGAGAGGCACAGUCGUGGGGACACGCCGACGAACAUGGACGGGUUGGCGGUGGAGGUGCGCGGCUCUAACGGGGCCUUCUACAAGGGUUUCAUCAAGGAUGUACACGAAGACUCCCUCACUAUAGUCUUUGAAAACAACUGGCAACCAGAGAGACAACUGCCGUUCAGUGACGUGAGGUUGCCACCCCCAACCGAUUACCACAAGGACAUUUGUGAGGGAGAUGAGGUGGAGGUUUACUCCAGAGCCAACGAGCAGGAGCCCUGCGGCUGGUGGUUGGCGAAGGUGAGGAUGAUGAAGGGAGAGUUCUAUGUGAUCGAAUACGCAGCCUGUGACGCCACAUACAAUGAAAUUGUCACAUCGGAACGAAUCCGGCCAGUCAAUCCCAACAUCCCCUCCUCUGAAAACACCUUUUACAAAGUCCCCAUCGCUGUACCCGAGGAUCUCAGAGACAUCUGUUUGACCGAGAACAUCCACAAAGACUUCAGGAAAUCAAUCGGAGCCAACUGCAUCUUCUACAACACCUUUACACACCAACUUAUUGUCCUGUCCACAAAGGAGUGCACGGUGAAACGAGCAGCCCUACUGAGUGACAUGCACUUCCGGAGUAUUCGCACCAAACUCAUGCUUAUGUCCCGUAACGAGGAGGCCACUAAACACUUAGAGACGAGUAAACAGCUGGCGUCUGCGUAUCAGGAAGAAGUGAAGGUGCGUGAGGAACUAAUGGGUCUGGCCAUCGGUUCUCACGGUGCCAACAUCCAGCAGGCCCGCAAAGUUCCCGGCAUCACUGCCAUUGAGCUGGAAGAAGAGAGCUGCACAUUCAGGAUCUAUGGAGAGACCCCAGAGGCUGUGAAGCAGGCCAGGACCUAUCUGGAGUUUAAGGAGGAUUCCUUCCAGGUUCCAAGGAACCUUGUAGGCAAAGUCAUUGGCAAAAAUGGCAAAAUUAUCCAAGAAAUAGUAGACAAAUCGGGCGUGGUUCGAGUCCGGAUCGAAGGGGACAAUGAUAAAAAGCCGCCCAGGGAGGAGGUAGGCAGGCAUGGGGCUGGCAGAGACAACACUGUCAGCAGCCAAGAGGGAAUGGUUCCCUUUAUCUUUGUUGGAACCAAAGAGAACAUCAGUAACGCCCAGGCCUUGCUCGAGUACCAUGUGGCCUACCUUCAGGAGGUGGAGCAGUUGCGUCUCGAGCGCUUACAGAUUGAUGAACAGCUCCGUCAGAUUGGGGUGGGAUAUCGCGCACCCCCCAGCCGCUCUGGUUCAGGGGUCGCCGGCGAGCGUGAACGGGGUUACCUCACGGACGAGAGCACAAACUCCCUGCAGACCACACGCACCUAUGGAGGAAGAGGACGUGGACGCAAAUCUAACAAUACAUACUCUGGCUAUGGGACAAACUCUGAAAUGUCAAAUGCAUCAGAGACAGAAGAGAUAGGAGAGCGGGAGCCCAGGCCAAAAGGUGUUGGAGGAGAUGACAGGGGUUCCAAGCGUGGAGGUCGUGGCCGUGGCUCCAGCACUGGUAGGGGCCGGGGAGGACCAGGGCCCCGAAACACUAACACUAUCAGCUCAGUUCUCCGAGAUCCAGACAGUAACCCGUACUCUCUGCUGGAGGGAGAAGGUGAAAUAGGUGGUGAUACAGAUGCCAGUGAGAGCAUGGGCGGCACUGACCGCAGGAGACGUUCACGUCGUCGCCGUAACGACCAGGAACCCAGCCUUAUGGAUGCAGCCGCUAAUGAAUCAGACAGUCAGGCAGCCGCCAGUGAGAAUGGACUGGAAGAGGAGGGCAGGCCCCAGCGCCGCAAUAGAAGCCGCCGCCGUCGUAACCGUGGCAAUCGUCCUGAGGGAGGCUCCACCAGCCCUGACAGACAGCCAAUUACUGUUGCUGACUUCAUCUCUCGUGCCGAUUCCCAGAGCAGACAGAAUCUCCCAGGGAAGGAGGAGGUGACACAGCACAUGUCCCACCCCAAGGAAAAUGGGACUAGCGUGAGUAAGGAAGAGCGCACUCCUUCCAAGCGCUCCCCUAGCAAUGGCGUGGCAUCGCCCGAGGAGGCUCUAGCCAUGGUGAAUGGCGUCUCCUAAAAAGUCAUCUCGCCCCCUCAAGACCCACGUCUAAAGCAAGACACCAUGGCGAACUCUGUCCCUGCUUGCAUUCACGUAAACCUUUAAACUGACGAAUGAAAAUCAACAAAAAUCCUUGAAUUCAUACAAGUCUAUGAGAAGAAAAUUAUACAAAAAAAAUGACGAACGCAUCUACUUUAAACCACACGUAACGGUGUAUGUUUAUCCUAUCUAUCAGUACUUAGUGCUUAUUUAAGACAAGCUUGCCAGAAAUGAGCUGAUGGAUAUGACUCAAAUUUCUGACGUAACACAGAAAACAGGACGUGACUUUUUGGGUUUUAUUUAAAAAAAAAAAAAAAUUCUUUUUGCAGUUGUCGUUGCUGUCAUUGUUUUUGAUUGUUUGUACUCACUGGUGUGGGACUGUGAAACACUCCCAAACAGACGCAUCUCUUAAACAGUGUUAGCUAAAUGAGGGCGGAGCUAGUGGAGAGGCAGCCUCUCGUGAGUGAUUGAGUCUGUGGUACUCUGAAUUUAAGGGCAAAAAGGGGAAACAGAGAGACAUUGUGCCUUGAAUUUGAAAAAACUUGAGUAUUUUCUUUUUUUCUCCUUAAUAUUUGCGUUGUUCAUGGGAUGAAGUAGAUGGUUCCGGUUUUAUUUUGUCGGAAGAAAUGACAGGAAUAUGCAGAAUAAGAGGGGUUAAGAUUGGGGGAAAAGA